CGCAGAGGGGCAUCGACCGAUCUUGGCGUCGGACUGCCAUCGGAGUAUCGGACUGGCAGUUCACAUCGUUCAGUGCCCACCAAUACACAAGAGCUGAGGACGGUCUUUCGCCGACCAUUGGUCCUCAAUUCGCCGACCAAUUGGGAAAGUGCCCACGAAAAUAAUCCAAUCGAGGGUUUGCCAUGGAGCAACUUAGCGAAGGCCAGGCAGUUGUGGUUGGUAGUACGGGUGGGACGGUACAAGUUGUUCAGAUGGGCCAGGGUGGACAAAUGAUGCUUCCACAGGCGAUACAAGUAGCAGCGCCUAAUGGACAGAUCCAAGUCGUUCCAGUCUCUAGCCUGACUGGCACUGGUCAACAGAUAGUUAUUCAGCAGCCGCAGACACCACAAAUCAUUCAAACUCCCGAUGGACAAACGUACAUUUAUCAACCUGUGCAAUUGGAAGGCCAAGUGCAACAAGCGCAACCGACGGUGAUAAAUCUUAAUGGCAAUCUGAUGCAAAUCUCUGGCACAACGUCGCAAACUGCGACAACUGCAGCUACCACGACUCCGGUACAACCUUUGGGCAGCCCCACGUCGACAGUAUCGCAGGCAGGGAACGUCGUAAUGAUGGUGCCAGGUAACAGUGGACAAACGCAGUUCCAAAGAGUAGCGUUACCUAAUGCUGAACUUCUCGAGGAAGAACCACUUUAUGUCAAUGCUAAACAAUAUAGACGGAUAUUGAAGCGUCGUCAAGCCCGUGCUAAAUUGGAAGCUGAAGGGAAGAUACCCAAGGAAAGGCCAAAAUAUCUCCACGAAUCUCGUCAUCGACACGCGAUGAACAGAAUUCGUGGUGAGGGCGGCCGUUUCCAUUCAGGUCAAGCGAAAAAGCGAAAUAGAGAAAAUGCAAACUCCACGAUUACCCAGCACAUCACAACCUCAACCAGCACCGAUAACGUUCAUACUGUAGCAAUAGCAGCUGCAAAUGUAGGUGUACAAUAUCACGACACAGACAAUAUGGCGUCCACGAUUGUACUUGAAAAGCCAAAUAUUCCUCUGCAAGAUAUGAUCUCUGAUGACGACAUUGUUACCUCAAACAGUCAUUUGAUAUAGAUAAUGUUAUAAGUUGGAUCGAAAAAUCAACCAGUAUGAGACGUUUCGAUGUGUCGAUGAUUAUAUUGAACAUCUGCAUUUUGUAAAUAUUUCGGUGUAUAAGUCUAAUUUUUACGAUAAUAUACGUAAUUCUUAUCUAAUUAGGUAUUCUCAAACUGUACAUAAAGUGUUCUGGAGACUUUUAAAUUUCAUUACAUAUUUUACAAUAAUUAAUGAUACAAAUCUGUAUUCAACUCAAUUCUCAAAGAUAUAAAUAAACAAUAUUCUUAUCAGUA